AUGCCGCGCCAGGCCAUGCCGUGCCGUGCCGUGCCCCAGGCCCAGAGCCAAGCGCAAGCAGACAUGGAGGCUCAGCUGGCCAUGACCCGGGCCCAGCGUGUCCGGGCUGCCAUGUACCCCGAGACGGUGGAGGACCGCUCCUUGCUCAUCACCACCCAGCUGGAGGGGCAGCAGACCAACGUGCAGCGCCUGGCCGAGCCCUCGCAGAUGCUGAAAUCGGCCAUCGUGCACCUCAUCAACUAUCAGGAUGACGCCGAGCUGGCCACCCGCGCCAUCCCGGAGCUCACCAAGCUGCUCAAUGAUGAGGACCCGGUGGUUGUCAGCAAAGCGGCCAUGAUCGUCAACCAGCUCUCCAAAAAGGAGGCGUCGCGCCGGGCCCUGAUGCAGUCGCCCCAGAUCGUGGCGGCUGUGGUCCGCACCAUGCAGAGCACCAGCGACCUGGACACAGCCCGCUGCACCACCAGCAUCCUGCACAACCUCUCGCACCACCGCGAGGGCCUCCUCUCCAUCUUCAAGUCUGGCGGCAUCCCGGCCCUCGUCAGGAUGCUGAGCUCGCCGGUCGAGUCAGUCCUCUUCUACGCCAUCACCACCCUGCACAACCUGCUGCUCUACCAGGAAGGGGCCAAGAUGGCUGUGCGCCUGGCCGAUGGCCUGCAGAAGAUGGUUCCCCUCCUGAACAAGAACAACCCCAAGUUCCUGGCUAUCACCACCGACUGCCUUCAGCUCCUCGCCUAUGGGAACCAGGAGAGCAAGCUGAUUAUUUUGGCCAAUGGAGGACCCCAGGCCCUGGUGCAGAUCAUGCGCAGCUACAACUACGAGAAGCUGCUCUGGACCACAAGCCGGGUGCUCAAGGUGCUGUCGGUGUGUCCCAGCAACAAGCCUGCUAUCGUUGAGGCUGGUGGCAUGCAGGCGUUGGGCAAGCACCUGACCAGCUCCAGCCCCAGGCUGGUCCAGAACUGUCUCUGGACCCUGCGAAACCUCUCUGACGUGGCUACCAAACAGGAGGGCCUGGACGGUGUCCUCAAGAUCCUGGUGAACCAGCUGAGCUCUGAUGACGUGAACGUGCUGACCUGUGCCACCGGCACCCUCUCCAACCUGACCUGCAACAACAGCAAGAACAAGACCCUGGUGACGCAGUCAAACGGGGUGGAGGCCCUGAUCCACACCAUCCUGCGGGCGGGUGACAAGGAGGACAUCACCGAGCCGGCCGUCUGCGCCCUGCGGCACCUCACCAGCCGGCACCCUGAGGCCGAGAUGGCGCAGAACUCGGUGCGGCUCAACUACGGCAUCCCCGCUAUCGUCAAGCUCCUCAACCAGCCCAACCAGUGGCCACUGGUCAAGGCUACCAUAGGCCUGAUCCGCAACCUGGCCCUGUGCCCGGCCAACCAUGCCCCGCUCCAGGAGGCCGCCGUCAUCCCCCGCCUGGUCCAGCUGCUGGUCAAGGCUCACCAGGAUGCCCAGCGGCACGUAGCGGCUGGCACGCAGCAGCCCUACACGGACGGAGUGAAGAUGGAGGAGAUCGUGGAGGGGUGCACAGGGGCACUGCACAUCCUGGCCCGGGACCCCAUGAACCGCAUGGAGAUCUUCCGCCUCAACACCAUCCCUCUCUUCGUGCAGUUCCGAAUCUCGGAGGACAAGAACCCUGACUACAGGAAGCGUGUCUCCGUGGAGCUCACCAACUCCCUCUUCAAGCACGACCCGGCAGCCUGGGAGGCGGCUCAGAGCAUGAUCCCCAUCAACGAACCCUACUCAGAUGAGCUGGACCCCGGCUACCGCCCCAUGUACUCGGGUGACAUCCCCCUGGACCCCAUCGACAUGCACAUGGACAUGGACGGGGACUACCCCAUGGAUGCCUACAGUGACGGCGUCCGAGCACCCUUCGCUGACCACAUGCUCGCCUAACCCACCCCGCAGCCCCCGCACCAGGUGUUUUCUCCAUACAGAAGAGGGUGGCCCCAGAGCUGAGUAUUCGCAAGAAGGACUUGGGAGACAGAAGUGCCUGAGAAGACAAAACUUUUCCAUUCCCACGAGAGGUUUUAUUUUUCAAUUUUUUUUUCUUCGCUGUGGGUCUGUGGAGAAGGUCCUUCCUCCUGGGACUGCUUCAAGCACCUACUGCCGCAUCCAGCAUCCAAGAUACUGUUUCUGAAGCUUUAAAACACAAACCCUGCACCAUUAGCGACCUUUCAUUGGCAAAAUAGUCUUUUCUAUGAAUAUAUAUUUCUUUUUUAUUUUUAAUAUGGUGCCAACGGCUUUUGCCGUCUUUAAGUUUGUGCUUUCUACCUUCCCCACUAUUUGUUUUUGCGUGUUGGUGUUCUAGGAAAGGAAUCUAACACGGGAAAACCCUUUGCUUUUUGCAAACUCUUAACUUAAUCAGGCCAAUCCAGAGUUUGCUGAAACCAAAGGGUGCCGUGUCCCAGGACCUUCGUUUUAGCCAUCGGGAUGUCUGCGGUUGAAUUCUUUCCCAUCAGCCGCGGGGGAGCUGACUUUGUGUACCUGCCUAUCCUACCAGUACCCAUAGAGGAGUGACUCCAGCAUUAGGAACCGUGUCUUUGUCCUGAUCUCUGUUGCACAUUUUAACCCAUUUCCCUUCUUUUUGGUGAGUGGUGUGUUUCCGUCCCCUCCUCCCUUAUCUAACACAUUUUUUAAAGAGGCUCUAGAUCUGCUGGUGGUUUAACGCUUCCACCGGAAAGGGAUGGACAGUUACUGGAGUGUGGUUCAGGAAUGGAAGAUUUUAUUAUUUCUGUAAGU